AUGGCUUUCCUCGAGCUCCUCCCAAGCAAUCCAAGCACCCAGCAGAUCUUGUCGAUCGGUCUGCUAUGCCUACUGCUCUCCUUUAUUGCUCGCAGAGCGUAUAGCGUCUACUUGGGCCCUCUUUCCAAAUUCCCCGGCCCCAAGCUCGCUGCUGCAACCUUGUGGUACGAGUUCUACUACGACGUAAUCUUGAAAGGAAACUACACCUUCAAGAUAAAGGAGUUGCACAGGAAAUAUGGACCCAUUAUUCGAAUCAGUCCAAAUGAGCUCCACAUCGACGAGCCUGACUACUAUGAGAAGCUGUACUCCCAGCACGAGCCGCGCGACAAGUCCGAAUAUUAUCUCAAUCAAUUCCAGCUUCCAGGCUCUUCGUUCGGAACGGCCGAUCACAGACAUCACCGAAAACGCCGCGGUGCUCUCAACCCUUUCCUCUCGAAGCAAUCGGUGGGACGCGUGCAGCCCAUGCUCACCUACAUGAUCGAUAAGUUAUGCAACCGAAUCGAAGAGUUCCGGAAGUCAGGCCAGCCAAUGCCAAUACGUCUGGUGUACUCGUGUCUGGCUACAGAUAUUGUCACCCUGAUCAUUUUGAAUCACAACCCGAAUCUCUUGGACAGUCCUGACUUCUCCCCGGUUUGGGUAGAGACCGUCAAGGCGAUAGCCGCAGCGGGACAUACGAUGAAGCAGUUUCCAUGGAUUUUCUCUAUCAUUCGAGCCCUUCCCCCAAGUUUCGUUGGUGCGAUGAAUCCCGGCAUGCUCCUGCUUCUAGAGUCUCAGGCUCUAACCCAACAAGAAACUCGCAACGUCCUCGAAGGAAAAUACAAAGCCGACAAGGCGUACGAAUCUCUGGGCCUCGAGAAGACAAUUUUCCAUGAAAUCUUGGAAUCGGAUCUUCCCCCUGGAGAGAAAUCCUUCGAGCGCUUGUGGCAGGAAGCACAAGUCACUAUUGGUGCCGGAGCGGACACGACGGGCAAUGCAUUCACUGUUACGCAUUUCCAUCUUUUGGACAACCCAGACAUUCUCAAGAAGCUGCUGGCAGAGCUCAAGGAAGCUCUACCGAAGAAGUAUGACCCCGUGGAUUUGAAAGUUGUGGAGCAACUGCCGUAUCUGAAUGCAGUGCUCAAUGAGGGUCUGAGACUCUCCUAUGGCAUCAGCACCCGCUCGCCACGCAUUCAUCCGACCGAAAGCAUGAAGUUCCACCAGUAUGAGAUACCUGCCGGCACCCCAGUAGGCAUGACAUCCGUCCACAUCCACCAAAACGAAUCCAUCUUCCCCGAAGCAAACAAGUUCAAGCCUGAACGCUGGCUGCUGAAACGUCCUAAUGGCGCUCCACCUCUCGAUCGAUAUCUUGUUUCGUUUUCCAAGGGGUCUAGGCAGUGCGUUGGCAUGAAUCUUGCAAAAGCUGAGCUGCAGCUGGCAAUCGCCACCAUCUUUAGGCGUUUCGAAAACCAGGAGCUGUUCGAAACUACGAGAGCUGAUGUCGACAUUCAGCAUGAUCUAUUCCUACCACAGGCUGACUUGAGGAGCAAAGGUGUUCGCGUUAUUUUCAAGUGA